CAAAUCAUCACAAACUUGUUCUCUUCAAGAAUACAAGAAACCAAAAUGGCAUUGCAAAAGUUUCCUCUCAUGGGGCUGCUUUUGCUCCUAACCAUCGUCGUCUCUUCGACAACAGCCGUCGAUGAUCCUGUUUGCCCGACUACGUCCAAACUAAGCCGAGCAAGUUUCCCUAACGGUUUUUUGUUUGGCACGGCUACUGCUGCGUUUCAGGUUGAAGGUGCAAUUAACGAAACAUGUCGUGGACCGGCUCUAUGGGAUAUCUUCUGUAAGAGAAAUCCAGAGAGAUGUAGUGGCCAUAACGCCGAUGUGGCCGUUGAUUUCUUCCAUCGUUAUAAGGAAGAUAUUCAACUAAUGAAGAAUCUAAACACAGACGCAUUCAGACUCUCAAUCGCAUGGUCAAGAAUAUUUCCUCAUGGGAGAAAGGAGAAGGGAGUGAGUCAAUCUGGUGUGCAAUUCUACCACGAUGUCAUCGAUGAGCUCCUAAAAAAUGGCAUACUUCCCUCCGUGACUGUUUUUCAUUGGGACACUCCACAAGAUUUAGAAGACGAAUAUGGCGGUUUCUUAAGCGAAAACAUUGUGAAAGAUUUCCGGGAAUAUGCAGAUUUUGUUUUCACAGAAUACGGUGGAAAAGUGAAAAACUGGAUCACUUUCAACGAGCCAUGGGUUUUCGCUCAUGCAGGUUACGAUGUAGGCAAGAAGGCACCAGGACGUUGUUCUCGUUACCUUAAAGGUUGUGAAGACCGAGAUGGACGAUCCGGUUAUGAGGCUUAUCUAGUCAGUCACAACCUCCUCAACGCUCACGCAGAAGCUGUUGAAGUUUUCCGCCAAAAGGUUAUAGGUGGGAAAAUCGGAAUCGCACAUAGUCCGGCUUGGUUCGAACCACAUGAUCUUAAAGAUUCAAAUGACGCUCCAACUGUCGGCCGUGUACUUGACUUUAUGUUGGGAUGGCAUCUAGACCCAACUACUUUUGGAGAUUAUCCACAAAUCAUGAAAGACCUUCUUGGCCACAGAUUGCCUAAAUUUACGAAUGCGCAAAAAGCAAAAUUGAAAGAUUCGACCGAUUUCGUAGGGCUUAACUACUAUACUUCAACAUUUUCAAACCAUAAUGAGAAGCCAAAUCCGUCUACACCAAGUUGGAAGCAAGAUUCUCUUGUUGCCUGGGAACCUAAGAAUGCCGAUCACAGCGCCAUUGGUAGCCAGCCUCUUACUGCUGCAUUGCCCGUCUACGCUAAAGGUUUUAGAAGUCUUUUAAAGUACAUCAAAGAUAAAUACGCAAACCCGGAAAUUAUGAUCAUGGAAAAUGGAUAUGGAGAUAAACUUAGGGACAAAGAUUCGGUUGAGGUUGGUACUGCUGAUUAUAACAGGAAAUACUAUCUUCAGAGGCAUCUUCUGGCUAUGAACGAGGCUAUUUGCAUCGAUAAGGUGAGAGUUACGGGAUACUUUGUAUGGUCAUUGUUGGAUAACUUUGAAUGGCAAGAUGGUUACAAUAACAGAUUCGGACUCUAUUACGUCGAUUUCAAAAAUAACCUCACACGUUAUGAGAAAGAAUCGGCCAAGUAUUACAAAGAUUUCCUAGCUCAAGGUGUUCGUCCAUCCGCGAUCAAGAGGGAUGAGCUUUAAGUUAUAUUUUGAGGAUUUUGUUUUAUGUUCAAUGUUUCUUUCCUAUGUUUUAGUUUGUGAUUGACCAUGAUUCAUGAAGAUCUUGGUUAAUAAUAAUAAAAGUGUUUUGUUUUU